GAGAUAUUGUUUAAAGUAGAAACCAUUACAAAUAUCUUCACGGCACUUUGUGAAUGGGAGAUGUUUGGGUUUGGACUUGUAGUGAAUGCGAUUCAACCACUUGAAAAGUACGGGAUAACUACCAUUGAGUCGUUGGAUAAAAUAUUGCUCAUCUUGAUGAAACGAGAAUAUCUGUUUGUUGGGUUUGAAGAAUGGUUUAAACUCUUUGGACUUGGGGAGAAACACCUUGCCUUUCUGGCGUAUGGAUACAUCUACUCGAAAAUCUUGUUUUCGCCGGAAAAGGUAGCUCCUGGGACUACCCAGUUUGAACCAAUUGAAGAUGUGCACGAGGACAGUUUUGAGGAACGAAGCGGCGACUCACCAAAGGACAGAAGUCGAUCGUUUGAUAAUAGCAAACACGAGUUGAGCGAAAAUGAAAAGGACUUUCUUCUGAAACGGUUGCAAAACAAACACCCCCUUUCGAUAUUUUUCAUUAAAACUGGCAUUAUACUACGGAAGGACCAAGACAAUGAGGCGAUUGAGAAUGUGUGGCCGUCGAGGUGUGAGAAUGGGAUUGCGGAGAUGAGUUGGGGGUAUUCAAGGUGCUUUGUAUCCCCGCAUGUUUUCAAUUACAUUGGGUCGUAUUUGAUAGUGAGAAGCUUAAAAAUCCCAUGGAUUGGGGAAACCACGAAUGUCUAUGAAAUAGAGGGGAACAUGAACACGCUCAUGCUCAAAAUGGAUUGGAGUCCGACGAGGCUGACAAUGAAAGCAAGAUAUAGUGCUUCCACUGCGAAGUUGUGUUUGUGGGCGAUUGGGAUAAUCACGGAGAUCAAGGGUAUGAUACAAACGAUAAUCGGCGACUUACCCGUCAUUCCCCCAAUUGCAGAGGUUGUGCUCUGUCCUAAAUGCCUUGAAGAUAAUCAUGCGGAGGUUGCGGAACUCUCUGCGUCGUUUUUUGUUGACCAACUUUCAUCGUUUGAAGAUAGCAUAGAGUUUAUAUCGAAUGGGGAAGAAGAAACGGAAAGACAUGUUGUUCCUGUAUGGAGUGUUGCGAUUGAUUUGCAGUGCAAAAAACUACUUGAUAUGUUCAGUACCUAUGCGAUAGACAGUUCAUUGCCGAAGAUCAAGAAAAACACGUUUUCGGCAUCCAAUUAUGCGAUGUAUGAAGCGAUUUAUGAGAACGAACCAUUUUCAAUGAAAAUAUUUAACUGCGAUUCGAAGAAUAACGGGAGAGACGUUGCUGGAGGACUUGGAGAGGUGAUAUUAAUGACUAUGAGAGAGUGUUACGUUGCAAACAGUUACGCCAACCAAAAUUUGGUGUUAAUCAAACACUUUGGGAUCUCGAAUUUGGCGCUCUUAGUCCAACCGUGUGAAACAACAUUAAGUCUGUAUGUCCACAACAUGGAGAACGUCACUUUAGAUUGGAAAACAAUUAUCGACUUUUUGACGAGCAUUUGCAAAGGGAUGAGCUACGCGCACAAGAAUUUGAUAAUUCACAGGAACUUGUCGACGUCGACGAUUGUAAUUUGCACCGUGAAUGGAGUGAAGACGGCAAUGGUUGCUGAUUUUGGGAUGUCGAUAUUAAAGAACAAACAGACGCUGUUUCCAUUUGAGGGGUGUGAUCCGGCAUAUACAGCGCCAGAGGUGUUAGCUGAAAAGGAGUGCAAACAAGAGUCAGAUGUGUAUUCGUUUGGGAUCAUUAUGUGGGAGUUGGCACAUCGACAAAAACCAUAUGAGAAACUGAAACAACCGAUAAAGAAUGCGAUCAUUAAUGGGGCGAGACCGACAAAUAACGCGAAAGUCCCACUGCAAGAGUACAACAAAAACAUGACGAAGUGUUGGAAUCAACAACCGUCAUGUAGACCGUCGUUUGAUUCACUUACGAAGGAAAUGGAGAAGAUGGCGGUCGAACUGACGAAGAAGAAAUAA